CGUGACGUUCUCAGUGGUCUGGCUGUAGAGCUCAUAAAAUUAUAAACCACACUGUUUCAGUUGAUGUGAUGUUGAGUUGGUUGUAAAGGCGUCUAACAAUGAAAUGGAACGAAACAACUUCAGCAGGAGACCCAGAGAAUGUAUCCUCAGAAUACAUUGGGUUCGCUGUGGCAUUUUCCUUCAUGAUUAUAACAGACCUUCUUGGCAAUACUCUGGUCAUCUUAGUUAUCCUCAAGAACAAAAGCAUGAAGACAGCUAUGAACUACCUUUUGAUCAAUUUGGCGAUCGCUGAUAUCUUGGUAGCCAUCUUUAUGGGGAUCAAGUUUGUGAUUGGCCCAACGUUUACCCAUCCAGCGGGACAAAUAGGGGAAUAUCUUUGUAGAUUCAUUUCUGGGGGAACCACUGCAUGGACUGCAGCAGUUGCGUCAAUUUACAGCCUGGUUGCUAUCGCUGUUGAAGUUUUCUAUGCCACUUUUCAACCCUUUAAGAGACGAGUGGGUAAGGGGAGAAGCCUUCGAGCGACUGUUGUGGUCAUUUGGAUUAUAGCAGUGUUAUGGGGCCUUCCACUAUACCUUUCAGUCACAUACAACGAUGAAAUGAAGACGUGUGCAGAACAAUGGCCUCAUUCUAUACUACCAAAGAUUUAUAGCUUUGGAUGGAUCAUUGUGGGAGGUGUAAUUCCUAUUGUUGUCAUGAGCGUUAUUUACUUCAAGGUGGCACGUCACCUUUGGUUCAAUAGCACUGUUGGUAAAAACCUCUCUCAAAUGGCUUUCAUCCGAUCCAGGAAACGAAUUACCACCAUGGUCUUACUAGUGAGUGCUAUAUACGUCGUGUGCUGGGUACCCACGUUAAUAAUCUACUUUUUAGCCAAUGUUAUUCCAUCAGAGUCUAUGUAUUCUGUUCCGCACAAGACAACUAUAGUACUCGCGACCAUCAACUCUUCUAUCAACCCUGUGGUGUACAGUCUCCGAAGUCAACAGUUUCGUCAAAAUCUAUACAAGUUGGUUAGGUGCCGUUGGACGACAAUUACAACUAAGAUUGCGCCUUUCCUAUGACAAUGUCCGCUGUGAUUAGCUUGGAUUUAUCCAUACGUUAACUGAUAGUGAAUUUUUUGUGAUGAUGUUUUUUGUUUAUGUUUGUUGUAUUGGCGCCUAUUGUUUAUUCAUGACCAAUGAUAACCAAUCGUUACCGAAAAGUAAAUUGCAGUCUUUUCUUUGCAUUUACCAGGAGUGUUUGUUUACUCAAAUGACUUAAAACUUUGGCCCAUGUAUCUUUAUUUCUUUCUGCCCAUACCUUAUCGCUUUUGGAAAAUUCUGCAUCAUU